AUGAGACUUUAUGAGAAUGUAGAAAACGAAAUCGUAUAUCUUUCAAUUCAAUUAUCAAAUGUUUGCAAUCAAUUCAACUCUCAACAUUUAUGUGCAGUUAUAAGCAGUGAAAUAUUUAGAUGGAGCUCCCACGUUCCUGCUGAAAUUACUCGAAUUAAAUUAAAUGCAGCACAGCAACAGGUUAUUCCAGCAGGAGUUUUCCGUGCCAUGUUGCGUGCUGUGUCGAAUCCUCCUACUAAGCUGAGCUAUGUUAUCUUCAAUUUAGGCAAAUUUCUCAAUAUAAAUCCUCCUGAAGUUAGUCAUGUUGAGAAGGAGAAAAAACAAAAAAAAAAGGCCAUAAGAUUAAAUGAUAGAUACGUAAUCGCAUUCGGAAGCAUAAUGAAGGAAGAGACAGAAGUUUACUAUUGCAAGAUUAAAUCUGUGGCGAGCAUUUGUUCUCAUCACUCUUUUGAUUUAUCAACAUUACCCCAUCAUUUUGCGUUCUUUGUACGUGUCAAAAGAUGGUCGGAAGGCAAUCAUUCAGAAUGGGCUUCACCACGUGAUAAAAGUUCUUUUGAGACAGAAAGCUCUUAA